GCGGUGCCGGCGGCAGGAGUGCUGGAAAAUGCUGAAGUUGAAGGCCUUCUGCUUGGAUUACUGGCAGUUUUUAUGUCUCCAGCCUCUCCAUGGUUUCUAUAAAAGCGUUGAGGGGGAGGCUCCCAGCAGCGAGACCGGCACGUCCCUGGAUAGUCCCUCUGGCUACCCGCAGGGCCCUAUAACGCACAGCUCCGCCCUGAGCCCCGAGCACUACGAGCACCCCUACGGGCUGUACUCCAUCGCGCCGGGCCAGCAGCGAGCCCGCCGGCCCAAGCUCCAGCACUCCACCUCCAUCCUGCGCAAACAGGCCGAGGAGGAAGCCAUCAAACGGUCCCGAUCGCUUUCCGAGAGCUAUGAACUCUCUUCAGACCUACAGGAUAAACAGGUGGAGAUGCUAGAACGGAAGUAUGGGGGCCGGCUGAUCACCAGACAUGCUGCCCGCACCAUCCAGACCGCCUUCCGCCAGUAUCAGAUGAACAAGAACUUCGAGCGCCUGCGCAGUUCUAUGUCUGAGAACCGCAUGUCAAGGCGCAUCGUCCUGUCCAAUAUGAGAAUGCAGUUUUCCUUUGAAGGACCUGAGAAAGUCCACAGCUCCUACUUCGAAGGGAAGCAAGUUUCUGUUACAAACGAUGGGUCGAAGCUGGGCUCCCUGGUACCGUCAGAGUGCGACGAGCUCGGGGAGACGGCUACCAUGAAGUCCCCGGCAGCAUCCACUGAUUUCACUGAUGCUAUAACAGAACUGGAGGAUGCUUUUUCCAGGCAGGUGAAAUCCCUGGCAGAAUCCAUCGACGACGCGCUGAACUGCCGCAGCCUGCAUUCGGAUGAAAUCCAGAGUGCGGAGCAGGUCAGGAGCCGGGAGAUGGAGAGGGAGAGCUGUGCCCCGAGCAAACCAGCCAUCCACAAUGUGGAUCACAGGAAGCUGGAUGAGAUGACGGCGUCCUACAGUGAUGUCACGUUGUACAUCGACGAGGAGGAGCUGUCCCCACCUCUGCCGCUCUCCCAGUCCGUGGACAGACCGUCCAGCACGGAGUCGGACUUGAGGCUCCGUGCUGUGAACUCUUCCCAGGAGUACUGGUCCAUGACCCACAAAGAUGAUAAGAUAGACACUGAUACGAGCUGCAGGAGUACCCCAUCACUGGAAUGUCAGGAGCAGAGGAUGAGAAUGGAUCACCUCCCUCUGCUCACUAUCGAGCCGCCCAGUGACAGCUCCGUGGACUUGAGCGACCGCUCUGAGAGGGGCUCCUUAAAGAGACAGAAUGCGUAUGACCGAGGCAUCACCAGCCAGCAAGGCAGCCCCAAACAUAUCCCUCACAGCAUUCCUGCCAAGAUCAUCACCAGGGAGGAGCAGGAGGCCAGGCACAGGGCUAGGCCCAUAGACAGUCACUUGGCCAUCAAUGGCACAGCAAACAGGCAAAGCAAAUCAGAGUCUGAUUACUCUGAUGGAGACAAUGACAGCAUCAACAGCACUUCCAACUCCAAUGAUACAAUAAAUUGCAGCUCAGAAUCCUCUUCUAGGGACAGCCUAAGGGAGCAAACCUUGAGCAAACAAACCUACCACAAAGAGACUCGAAACAGCUGGGAUUCCCCUGCCUUCAGUAACGAUGUUAUCAGGAAACGCCAUUAUAGGAUUGGGCUGAAUCUUUUUAACAAAAAACCUGAAAAAGGAGUGCAGUACCUCAUUGAACGAGGAUUUGUGCCGGACACUCCCGUUGGGGUUGCCCAUUUCCUGCUGCAGAGGAAAGGGCUCAGCAGGCAGAUGAUCGGAGAAUUCCUGGGAAACCGGCAGAAGCAGUUCAACAGGGAUGUCUUAGACUGUGUGGUGGAUGAGAUGGACUUCUCCACAAUGGAGCUGGAUGAAGCACUCAGGAAAUUUCAGGCCCACAUCCGUGUCCAGGGAGAAGCCCAGAAAGUAGAGCGGCUCAUUGAAGCUUUUAGCCAGCGCUACUGCAUCUGCAACCCGGGCGUGGUGCGGCAGUUCCGCAACCCCGACACCAUCUUCAUCCUGGCCUUCGCCAUCAUCCUGCUCAACACCGACAUGUACAGCCCCAACGUCAAACCCGAGCGCAAGAUGAAGCUGGAGGACUUCAUCAAGAACCUCAGGGGGGUGGAUGAUGGGGAGGACAUCCCGCGGGAGAUGCUGAUUGGGAUCUAUGAGCGCAUCCGCAAGCGCGAGCUGAAGACCAACGAGGACCACGUGUCCCAGGUGCAGAAGGUGGAGAAGCUCAUCGUGGGCAAGAAACCGAUUGGAUCUCUCCACCAUGGACUUGGUUGUGUGCUCUCUCUCCCCCACCGGAGGCUUGUUUGCUACUGUAGGCUGUUUGAAGUUCCAGAUCCAAAUAAACCUCAGAAGCUUGGAUUGCACCAACGAGAAAUAUUUUUAUUUAAUGAUCUUCUCGUGGUGACCAAGAUUUUUCAGAAAAAGAAGAACUCUGUUACAUACAGUUUUCGACAGUCCUUUUCCCUCUAUGGAAUGCAAGUUCUUCUCUUUGAGAACCAGUAUUAUCCUAAUGGCAUUCGGCUCACGUCAGCUGUUCCAGGAGCAGAUAUCAAAGUACUCAUAAAUUUCAAUGCACCAAAUCCUCAGGACAGGAAGAAGUUUACAGAUGAUUUGAGGGAAUCGAUUGCAGAAGUUCAAGAAAUGGAAAAGCACAGAAUAGAGUCCGAGCUGGAGAAGCAGAAGGGGGUGGUGCGUCCCAGCAUGUCGCAGUGCUCCAGCCUUAAGAAGGACUCCGGGAACGGGACACUGCCCAGGGCGUGCCUGGAUGACAGCUACGCCGGGGGCGAGGGGCUGAAGCGGAGCGCGCUCAGCUCCUCGCUGCGGGACCUGUCCGAAGCAGGCAAGCGUGGGCGACGCAGCAGUGCAGGAUCGCUAGACAGCAAUAUGGAAGUAAGUAGGAAGUUCCUGAUGUCUAGCUGGAUGUGAUGAUGUGCAUUUCAAACCUUUCUUUUUUAUACAUACAUAUUUUUUUGCUCUUUUUUCUUCUAACAUAUAUAUAUAUAUAUAUAUAUAACCUGCCUGCCACAAAUAAAAUGCAUGCCUAGGCUACUCACUCUGUAUUCUUCCAGCUUACAAAGCACUGACAGCUUGUUUUAGAGCAAUGCCAUUUUUGGUUUGAGCUAACCUUGUUCCCUUUGUUCCUGCAAGCAUGGUUAAAUGGAUAUGAUGUGUCCUUUUGCCACCAUUUCAGUCUGGUCCCAGCUUAAAAGCCCACUUGCUCUUUGUUGCCGAGUACACUGUUCUUGCUGUUUGAUAUUUAGCUACAACUAUUGACUGUCAUGCUCAACCAUCCCCAUUGCUUAUUUUCGAGUUCAAUUGCUAAAUGUAUGCAGUCAUGACACCAUGGAAUUGCACAGAUAGGGCAUGGGAGGAUAAAAAGAUUAUUCAGAUAGGUGAAUUCAAUGUGGAUUUCAUGAGAUUUCAUUCAUCUUCAAACCAUUUAUAUAUACUGUUCAUGUCUCUGAAUUCAGCUUGCA